AAAAUAAUGUGAUUUUUUAUUGAAGGAGCUUGGAGCCAAUGUUGAAGAAAGAUUCCGGGCAGAAGGAAAACACUAUGGUCAAACCCUAGCACCUGACUUAUUAGAUGGUUAUGUUUAUUCUCCGGGAACUUGUCAUGGAGAUUCUGGAGCACCUCUCAUGGUUAAUCAAACUAACGGGUUUACCCUUAUUGGCUUGGUAAGCGGGGGGAGGGGAGAGCUAGGUAGCUGUGGAGGAAUAAACAACCCUGUUCAUAUUGUCAGGAUUAAGAUGUUUAGUAGUUGGAUACUUGGGAUUACUGGCUACAAGGAUAUAUGUUGGGACACUAAUUUCCAAGCCAAAGUUAAUACAGCUGAAGCAGAGCAAGCUAAAGCAGAUGAAGCUAAUGCAGAGCAAACUAAAGCAGAGCAAUCUAAAGCAGAGCAAGCUAAAGCAGAUGAAGCUAAUGCAGAGCAAACUAAAGCAGAGCAAUCUAAAGCAGAGCAAGCUAAAGCAGAGGAAGCUAAAGCAGUGCAAGCUAAAGCAGAGCUAGCUAAAGCAGAGCAAGCUAAAGCAGAGCAAGCUAAAGCAGAGCAAGCAAAAGCAGAGCAAGCUACAGCAGAGCAAGCUAAAGCAGAUCAAGCUAAAUCAGAACAAGCUAAAGCAGAGCAAAAUAAAGCAGAGCAAACUGAAGCAGAGAUAUCAGAAGCUGAACAAAAUUUAAUUGGAUUGUAAAAACUUUGUAAAUAUUGUAAUUGUUCUUUAUCUUCAAUUCAAAAAGAAUUUGGACAGAUAAAGAGUAAAAUCAUUUAAUAUUUUUAUUUUAUUUUUGAAUUUUAAUUUUUAAAAAUUUUACAAAAAGAGCAGUGAAUUUAUUCUCUGACUGUUGUAUCUGUUUUCUGUUCCUCUCUUGUUCUUUUUACGCACUGUAGUUCCUUGUAGACAAGGGAAAACUGAAUUUUCCUGCUUUUGUUUCUCCCUAAUAUAAAAUUAUGUAUAUUGCCCCAGAGCUUCAGCUCUCUUUAUAUGCAAUUUCUUUUUUAUACUAAUCUUCAAUUUGAUAUCUGUGUGUGUGCUACAAAUAUUAAAUUAAGUAAAAUAGAAAGUUACUUUUUGUGUUC